AUUUAACAAGGAUAUUUACAGGCUGGAGAGAUGGACUAACUGGAGAAACAUCGAGACUAGUCAGUGUCUGCUGUCAAUAUUUACAUUACAGGCGCUUCUGGCCUGGUGGUCGACAUUUGAUCUCUGGAAGCACAGUGCACUUCAGAAGCACAACGCAGGGUAAAGGGACUGCCAGACAUGCAGGUGGAGUUCGCGGAUCAGCAGAUCCUGCUCACACAAGCACACCUACCAAGAUCCACCUGGAGUUCGGUGCACAAGGAGACGCUAGCACCCGAGCAAAGAAACCUGGGAGGACUCCCCUUGGCUGAGCCCUGAGGAGCACAGAAGGCCCAGGACGUCCAACAACACAAAUGAGACCCCGGACAUGACACCCACCUCCCCACGUGGGUGCUCUUUCACAUGCAGCAGGAACAAGAGGACAAGAAGGAGGGCCCAGGGGGCUGUGAAACUGCUCUGGUAUCUUCCGUCUUCUUUCCCAAUAUUCUGCAGUACACUCUGUCAAAACACGAGCUCCAGCACCCCUGGGAGAUUCAGGUGCAGAAGGGCAGGCCACAUGAGCUGUAAACGCUUUCUGUUCCCAGGCAAAGCUGUGCGGUGAAGAACAUUGUGUUAGGGAGAUCUGCUGUAGCUGGGGUAGGAUGGCCAGACCCCUUCACCUCUGUUAAUGGCCUCCAAACCCACAAGUCAAAUCAUAAUGGACUCUGAGUAUGUCCUAUGCAAUUGGAAAGGCCGUUUUUGGCCAGCAAAGGUUUUGUCCAGAUCUAGCACCUCACGAAAAACUAAGAAGAAACAGGCAUGUUGUCUACAAGUUGAAAUACUCUCAGUAGGCAAAAAAAUUAAAGUGCAAAACCGAGACGUGAAGAUCCUAAACGAGUAUCAAAUUGAAUCCAUUGCCUCCUCACUAGGGGCCAAGUCGAAGGCCAGCGCCCCGCCUGGUGAAGAAGUGGCCUACAGAAGCGCUCUGACGGUGGCACUGGACAUGCUGCAGGAGAGAGCAAAGCUGGAUCAGGCAAGAGCCUCAGAUGACCCAGAGGUCACUACGCAGUCUCAAAAGGGGCCACAAAAGCGACCUCGUAGAAAGUAUCGGAAGACCAAAAAGAACUCACCGAAAAGCCUUCAGAAAAGAGAAAACCUCAAAUCACUGUUGGUCCCUUCAGGGGGCGAGGACACCCCAGACGGAGACAAAGCACAGGUGCACACCUCUGUUGCUCCUGUUCCUAGGGGAUCGCAAGCAAAGUCCUCACACAGCUCCAGUGUGUGCCUAAACUUCCCGCUGCUUUCAGAAGAUGACCGUGAGAAAGAGGGCAGGGGAAAAAGGGUCAUCUCAAGAGUUACAUGCCAGCAUUGCACAGCCAAGGAGGAAAGUGCAGGUGCUAAAGGUGGAGGCAUCCUUCCAUCUCGGCCACCUGGUUUCAUCGCCUCUGUGCCCAAGGCUUUGAAAGGAAAGGCAUGUGGAACCCGCCCAAAGACCCUGGCCCUCUCUUCUGACUUUUCUACCAUCUCUGGGAAUGCACAAGGAGCCAGGAAGCCAGGCUCGGAAGAUACAGCAGCAUCCCCCAGUUCCCCUGAGCGGGGGCUGCAUCAUUCACUCCAUCUGGCAAGCAGCAAAAAGAAGCUGAAGGUACCAGAGUCUGAGAAAAGACGGCAGGAACCUCGACCUUUAGUUGAGUCAAAGGCUAUUCACUCCACCCCAGCUGUGAAGAAGGGUGGCACCAAGAAAGCGGCACAACUGACAAGAAUGGCUUUCCCUCGGAAGCCGUGUUCCAUUACAAGAGGAACGAUUGUCUGGUUUAAGUUUCAAAGUCACCCGUUUUGGCCAGCAGUGGUCAAGAGUGUCAACCACACAGAUCAGACGGCAAGGGUCGUUUUGGUUGAGGAAAACAUGCACCGUGAAAAGCGUGGCAUUCAAGCGCCUCUUCGGAGACUGAAGCUCCUGGAUUGUAAAGAGAAAGAAAAGCUGAUGAAGAGAGCCAGGAGACUGUAUGAGCAAGGUGUGAACUGGUGCUUCUCCCUGAUCUCGCACUACAGAGAACGGCUCAGUCGUGGGGCCUUCACGGGCUCUUUCCUGGACUAUUAUGCUGCUGACAUCAGCUACCCAAUGAGAAAAGACAUCCAAGAGGGCGAUCUGUAUAUUGUGUUCCCAAAAGUGAAUUAUGCCGACCUGGAAGAUUCUGAGGAGGAGAGCUACCAGGACGGGAAGCCCCGCAAGAAACUUCUCCCUGACCGGAUGAAGGCCGCUCGGGACCGAGCCAACCGGAAGCUGGUGGACUUCAUCGUGAAAACAAAGGGGGCCGACGACCAUCUUCUAGACAUCGUCAAAGGCAGGAAACAGUCCAGGUGGCUGGCAUCCUUCCUGAAGUCAGAGAGGUAUGUGAUCUGCGUUGAAACAUACCUGGAGGAUGAAGAUCAGUUGGAUGUCGUGGUAGAACAUUUACAGGAAAUCUACAAACAAAUAGACAAGAAGAAGCUGUCUCUGACAAGAGACGACAAAGUGAGUUUUGUUCUGGAAGUCCUUCUGCCAGAAGCCAUCAUUUGUUCAAUUGCUGCACUUGAUGGACUCGAUUACAAGGAGGCAGAAGAAAAGUACCUGCAAGGGCCACCUGUGCAUUCCCGGGAAAAAGAACUAUUUGAUAGAAACGUCUUUAAGACAGUGAGAAAGAGAGGGGGGACCAAGGCUAAUUAGCUUGUUCCCUGCACCACACCUUCGCAGGGAGACCUCUCAUUUGCAUCAUUAAUAAGAACCCCUGCGUGCAUAAACGUGGCACCCCUCCGUUUCUAUGACGCUUAGCAACGUUCUAGAAAAUCAAAAUGUCAAAUUUGGGAACCUGCUGAAUUGGUUUUGGAUCCAUCUCUGGCAUUUGUGGCUGUUUUGAUUCACCAUAAAACCACUGUAUCUGUCUCCCUGAAACUCUGCUUCAUCCUGGUUCAGACUGUACAACUACAUAGCUGGAAUGUCUAAAACACACACACUUACACACACACACACACACAACACACACAUAUG